AGCAAAUAGCGUAGUUUUUCACCUGGGUUUUAGUGAAACAGAAAAACUAUAUAUACUACCCUGUCAAGCGAAAUUCCUGACCUCUGCGAAAUGCCUGACCAUGCAAGCGUGACGGCCCUGACGGGUCAGAAAUUUCACACGAAAUAUAUAACGAUUGCUAAAUUCUAAGUUAGCCGAAACCGUUUUUUAGAGUUUAGAUAAAAUAAUUAUGAUGUUAAUUUCUAAUACUUCGUUAAAUAUUUCAAAUCGACAUCUCUAAGUUUCAAUUUAGAAACACUUUUUAAAAAUUUCAAAGCUGACUGUGUGGUCGUGGGCCGCGAAAUACACGACGUUUGCUAAAUACGACCGAGUCGGUCGAAACGAUUUUUAAUUUUUAAGUACUAUUUAAUAAUAAAUAAUAAUAAUAAUUUAAUUUGUAUUGCGCAAGUUCCAUUCAAAUAUGCUCACAUGCGCAUAACAAUAAUAUAAAAAUAAAAUCUAAAUAUUUACAUGAAAGAUAGUUAAGACGAUCCAGGCUAUUCAUUCAUAAUCACUAUAGAGUAUAUAUAUUAUUAGUUUCGUAAAAGAUAUAUUAUUAUUGAUAAAAUCACACUAUUUUGUUAUUGAGUUUUUUGAAGCUUCCAAUGGAAUCAGCUUGCUGAAUGUGUUAAGGUAAAUCAUUCCACAAAUUUGGCGCUGCACAUCCAAACGAACGAGACGUGAAGGAGUGUUUUACCAUAAAAGACGAGAAGGAGUGUUUUAUCCUAUUUAAAACGCGAGGCACAGCCGAGCGUUUUAGAUAUGAUAAAACGCGAGUUCGAGUGUUUUGAAUAGCUUAAAAUACAACUACAAAAGAAAUUACUAAUUAGGAUGAACAAUUAUAUAAUCAUACUAAUUAGGAUGAACAAUUAUUAUAAAGAAUAUAAAGUCACUCCACGUGACAUAUUAUGGCUGACAUGAUUUGCCACAAGAUUUAUGAAUUGUUAAUGAGUAUUUUAAGUCCAUAUACGAUGUUACCAAUAGUAUCGCUAAAUGUUUCUAAUACAGACAUCGCUAAAUCUAAAUGGGCAAUACACCACCUCAUUGUUGCUGUUUACUAAAUAGUGAAAAGGUCAAACACGAAACAAUUUUUGGUGCUAAUAAUAAUGCAUAUACAGUAUAGCAUCAUGCAUGCACCUUGGAAACUGGAUUUUAUUCUAUGUCACUAAGAGCGCUUUUCAAUUGACUUUUUCCAUUGGCAGAUUUUAGAGUCAAGCUUUAUUAUCGCUGAACGCUAACGUUCACAACUAGUGGUAUAGUGUCAAUUCAGUUGAUCAAUUGUAGAAUUUGAAAAUUUAUGUAUAAAUGUUAUCUAACAACAUGACUUUAUAAAUACACGUGUAGUCAGAUAUUUCGCAAGUCAGAAAUUUCGCGUCACACCUGCAUGGUGUUUCAAAAAAGAACUGGACACAGUUUGAUAUCAUGUAAUGUAAAAGAUAUAAAAGCUUUCGCAAUGAAAUAAAAUCGUUGCAUUUUGAUAUACACUUGAAUUUACAUGCAAUAUUGAGCGAGAUACAACCAAAAUAAAAAUAUUUAUUAUUUAACAAGUAUAACUACAUUAAUAUACAAGUAUAACUACAUUAAUAUACAAGUAUAGCUACAUUAAUUACAAGGUUGUUUUAUGCUAAUUUUUCAAGGCAUUUUCAAAAACAGUAGUUCAACCUUCAAACAUCAAUAGCGCAGUUGCAUGUAAAUGCAAGUGCUACUAUAUAUCAAAAGCUAAGAAUUAUAUAGUCCUUUCUGAAUGCAAUGAUCUUUAUUUAAUUGCGAUAGCCUUUAUACCUUUUACAUUACAUGAAAUCAAACAGUGUCCAGUCUUUUUGGGGACACCCGGUACAUUUCACGAGAUAUACGAGUAGUUUCAAUCCGAAAAUGGAUUAUUCUAAAUAACUACUUUGUUUUUGCCGCAGAAUACAUUUACAUAUGACUCUGUCCUUUGGAAAAACGAGGAGACGUACGCCAUAGAAGACGGACUGGAAGGGAUAUCAGAGAAAGAAAGCAAGUUGGCUUCAUAUUGGAACACUCCGUUUACAAAAAUUUGCCUGGGUAUGUCACACAAUGGAGAGAGAAAAUGGACAACAUUUGACUACGCCGCAAGUUCGCUGUACAGCGUGAUCGCAGAUGGACAAUUCAGGGCCACGACCGCUGGCAAGGCUACAUGGAAAUCCCUCAUCGCGGGCUCAUCAUUACAAUACAAAUGCAACAGAGAGGGAUUUAAUGUAAAGUUCAAUGGCAAUUCCGCCAUGCGAAUUGGAAUCGUUGCUAAUAAUGAGGUCAACUGUGAUUCAUGCGAUUCUUGGCUUGGCUUUAGCACAGCAUAUGUUAAUGGUGAUGGUACAUGGACCAAUAGAAUGGUUUGCGGUAACAAAGCAGGUUGCUGUUAUCCCGACAAUGGAAGUAAAACACUGGUCACAUUCGGAUAUAUUCUUAUUCAAUAAUUAUUUUGCAAUCCACGCCAUCUUAGUUGAUUUUCAAAAUAGAUUUAAACUAUAUAAUUAUGAUCCCAAAAUGAAAAGCUAUCCAUAACAUAAUUAAGACCGGAAGUUUUCCUUGACAAAUUUUUCUUGAUAAGUUUAUACCUUGGCAGCCCACAUUUUUCCUAUUUGAAAGAAAAGUUUUCACCUUUGUCCCUCUCAGUGAAAGUUUCUUAACAAGGCACUGCAUGCGACAAAAAAGGAGACUUUUUAAGUUGUGGGGUAAGCAGGGACGUCGCUACAGAGGUGUGUGGGGGUGUAACACGCCCCCCCCCCCAAUAAUUCAAAACGUUGGUCAAAGUUGGUAAAAUUUGGUUAAAGUUUGAUACGAAAAUGAUCAAAGUUAUGAAAUCGUUGGCAAUUUUAACAAUUUCUAAGCUUUGGUCAUGUUUGCGCUGAAACAAUUGCAAGCCUUGCUAAUUUUGGUCGAAAAUAUUUGAAACUUUGCUUAUGUUAGUGCGGAGAAUUUUUUGAACUCCUCGACAACAUUUUCGGGAAACAUUUCUACUACUUGGUCAAAAUUCUAGGAAAAGUUGGUCAAAACAUGACGACACCCCCCUCCCCAUAAUACAUAAACUUAAGUUCAAUUUUCUCACCAAAUAUCAUUGAUUAUACUGGCCGUAAGGCCCAGUGUUGAGGUUCCUUAAUUUUCUGUGCGAAAAUUCUUCGUUUUUUUCUUCAACGUAAAAUCGACCUGCGUUGAUGAAGUGAACCGCUGACCUGCAAUGAAUCGCAGGCGCAUGUCAAAAUGGCCGCCAGGUAAGGAGCGGAAGCUAUGCAAUAGGAUUUUUUGUCUUGUUUGUUUAUUACUAUUGAUAUAGUGUUCUUUGAAUUUUGAAACAUAGCAUACUCAAAUGUUUCUCGUAUAUCACCUGCGUAUUAGUUGAACCCUUAUAUAGCCUGUCUACGGACGUUUUAAAAUCCUUAAACGUUUGUGACUUGGGGGCCUUCGGUUUGUUUACUAUAAUAUUGAUGUAGUUUUCUUUGAAUUUUUACACCUAACAUACUCGAAUGUUUGUAGUAUAUUACCUGCGUAUUAAGCCUGGCGCACACGAUGCGAUUUUAACAAAAUCGUUGUGUGUGGUGUCAUUUUUAACCGAUUUUUGUUGCUCGAUUUUAAUCGGACAACAUCAAAACGUUUUGAUAUUAUACGAUUUUUAUCGGUGGAAUUUUAAGUAUAACCAAUCAGAUUUCAUGCUGUGAUCACAUGCUUGUAUUUAUUUGGCAACAUGGCGGCUACAGUUCAAUCGUGUGCGGAGUAUACCGAUGUAUAUCGGUAUGUCAAACGAUUUUUAUCGGCCGACUAAAAUCGCAUCGUGUGCGCCAGGCUUUAGUUGAAUCCUAUAGCCUGUGUAAGACGUUUUAAAAUCCUUGAAAGUUUGUGAACUUUAACUUAUAAUAAAAUCCAUCAUGUUUAACAAUUCAGUGUAACCGUUGUUUUUGAGAAGAAUGAUCUUUCUUUGAAGAACAUAGUGUAGAAUGAUUUACAGUACAGUAUUAUCAAAUAUCCAUCGGUUAUGACCUAGCACAUGACCAUUGAUCAAUUAUGUUAUGACCAUUGCCAAUGACCAUAUGAUAACCACGAUUUAAUAGUGUCAAGGAGGAAUAUAGUUUUAUGUUUUAUUCAAAUUAUUUAAACACGGUAUAGCCAUUUAGCAUUCGCUGGUUUUCAAUGGGCCGUGUACGUAAUAAAAAUUUACAAAAAUAAUUAUGAAGCCUAACUACUGAUCGGCUUCACACUACUCAGUCACUAAUACAACAAGGUAUACUAAUUAUCUUUACUAGUACAAUAAUACUUAAUUAAUUAUUAUUACAGCCUAUAAAGUACACGUACACGGGGUACUCGUCAAUCGCUAUAGUUGUUACCAUAGUGAUUGAUGAGCAAUGUCUUUAAUACGUUCGCUGUUUUAGUACCGAUGUUUUGCGUUAAAGUUAAGAGAAGGUUGUUCCACGAUUUUGCCGCUCUAUAGGAAAAGUUUUUUUUAAGUUGUGCUAGGUUUUGCUAAUGACAGUUGGUCAAAAUUACUUCUCAAAUUAUAUGUUUCAUUCGAGCAACGAUUAUAUAAUUUAGUAAGAUAUGGAAGAGAUGUUCUCUCGAGUUUGUAAAUAUGUGUUCAUUGGUAACCGGUUAAGUUUUUGAAAUACUUCGUUAGAUCGAAUAUCAUAAGAAUCACCGGUAAUUACGCGUGCCGCUUUCUUUUGAAGUUUAGACAUUUUAGUUAAUUUGUUUUUAAUUCCGUCAUACCACACAGUCGAACAAUAGUAAAAAUUAGGAAUUAUAAAAGCGUUAUACAUUUUCUCGAGAACAUGCCUGGGAACGAAAGAGCAAUGUUCUUUGAAAUUGUUUUACUUUGUUCCUCAUUAUGUUUGUCCCACUUAAGCUGUUCAUCUAAGAUAACACCAAGUGUAUUUUUAUGUGGUACACGCUUAAUUACUUUCUCACCAAGUUUAAUUAAGGGACCAUGUUCGAAAGAUGGCACUCGUUGCUUUGAGCAUAUUAUUAUAAAUUCCGUUUUGCUCUCAUUUAAGGUUAGUUUGUUUGCAAUGAGCCACUGAUCCACAUUUACAAGGUCAUGAUUUAGUUUUGUUUCAAUUUCGUCUACGGUUGAUCCUGUUGCUGAAAGAGUUGUAUCGUCAGCAAAUAAUCUGGCCUUAGGUGUUUCAAGGUAGUUAGGCAAAUCAUUAAUGUACAAAAGGAACACGAAGGGGCCAAGAUUCGAUCCCUGUGGGACUCCGCAGUGAAUUCUUUCUCAUCAGAAAGUUUACCAUUAAUUGCACAGACCUGUUUUCUAUUCGUAAAAUAAGAUCUGAACCAAUCUAAACUGUGCACUCUUAUUCCAUACAGCUCUAACUUAGAAAGUAAUAUUUUAUGAUUAACCGUGUCGAAUGCCUUUUUUAGAUCCAGGAACUAUACCCCAUUAAUUAGACCUUUAUCCAUGUUGCCAAGCCAUUCAUUUGUUGAAUCUAAUAGUGCCGUUUCAGUCGAGUGAUACUGACGGAACCCAGACUGAUCGUCUAUAUAUAUGAUGUUAUUUUCCUUCAUAAAGGAUCUUAAUUGACUACAUACUAGUUUUUCGAAUAUUUUGGCAACAAUAGAUAUUACAGAAAUUGGUCGAUUAUUGCCGCAUUCUGUUUUCGAGUCAUCCUUAUGAACUGGCGUUACCCUAGCUAAUUUCCAGUCGUCAGGAAAUAUUCCAGAUUGCAAUGAUAAGUUAAAAAUGCUAACCAAUGCAUGAUUCAUUUAUUGUAUCUCCGGCGUCUUUUAAUAGCUUGGCACUUACACCGUCAAUCCCAGGUGACUUUUUUAUCUUAAUUUGAGCUAUUGUUUUCGUCAAUUCUAGAGAACUAAUAUUUUGAAAGUAAAAUGUAUUCGUAACAGGUGGUACGAAGCGCAAUGAAUCGGAAUCUAUACCGGUCACAUUACUAGCAAGUUUUGAUCCUAUUGUAGAAAAACAAUCAUUGAAGCAAGAAGCAAUAUUUUCAUCUCCUUUGACACAUCGAUUUUCAAUUUGUAACUCAGGAAUUUCUGUAGUCUUAGAUCUUUUAUUUAGCAAGCUGUUAAUUGCCUGCCAACUGUCAUAACUGUUAUUUGCAUUACCAAGCCUCGUUUUAAAGUAGUCUUCCCUAGUGGUUUUUAUUAGUUUGUUAACAUAAUUCUUAUGCCUUUUAUAAGCAGCAUCAUAUGCUGCAGAUCUAAAUUUAACAGCUUGUUUCUUAAGGAAAUCUCUAGCUUUGAUAAGAUAAUUUCUUAAUUUGGUUUGUAAGCCAUGGUUUAUAAUCACUUUUAACCCGGCGUCGUUAUACAUGUAAGUGUUAUUCAAACCGUUCUACCAACUGUUCUACCCUUGCAUACCAGCACGUAUUAUAAGGCCAGUGUGAACGCCUGAGCAGGAGUCUUGUUUAUUUUAAAUUGUUCAAGAAUACGAAUGUUCUCAUCAAGACGUUUCAUGCACAAGUCAUAUUUAAAACAUUCGCGUCUACAGCGGGUACCCAUCCACAGGAAACUCUCUGGGUAUUAGCCUGCAUGCCGUGUUGUCAUGGCGGCUAAUGUUGUAAAUAGUACACGUACAUGCUACAUAUUAUAUAGUAUACUACUUAUAUACUACUAUUGCAAAGAUGGUAUUUUUUGAAAGUGCAAUAAUUACAAAGUAGAAAAAAAUAAUUUAGCACUUCCACGGUGAACGAUGCUUCACAUUUAAAGCCAACAUGGGAAAAUAUUAGAUAUUUUAAUAAUUAGGUUCAUUAUUAAUGUCGUGCAAAACACACAGAACUAUUAAUUGUUUCUAUUUCUACACGCAGAUCAAAACAGACAAACAUAAAUAUUCUAUACGGCAUUUCAAUUACUCUCAGCUGCUCGUACCCGUCGUCGGGAGUUAAAUUUCGAUACCUCACGGUCAAAACCUUGCUUGCAACAUCAUAGGAAUUCGAUUUAGCCGAAGGAGUUCUCUAAUUUGAAACAAUGCUAAUACGGUCUGCCCUUUGGGCUUUUUUGUUAAACUUGUUUGGUCAAGUGGUAAGAGGUGAUAGCGACAUUAUAUUUCAAAGGAGACCAGGGCGUUAUUUGGGAAAUUACAUAAUACGAUCGUUGAAAACAGAAGACGAGUUCGACUGCAGCAAUAGCUGUUUCAAUGAACCAGGAUGUGUGUCAGUAAAUCUUAAAGUGAAAGGAAGGAAUAAAGGUUUAUGUGAACUCAAUUCCAAAACGCUUGAAGAAUUACCAGAAGAGGGACAAUGCGAUGCAGAAAACGUUUACUUUCAAGUUGAUAUGAGUGUAAGAAACUAAAUAUAUAUAAUUAUUUAUUAUUGAAGUUUAAUAUGUUAAAAUAAAUCAUUGAGCACUUUGGACAACUGGCAACUUAGGACCCAAUAUAAUAUGAGCAAAAAAUGCUCGAAUGGUCUAGAGUUCUACAGCUAUAACAUACAUUUUUGUACCUGUAUAUAUAGAACAGGAGAACCUAUAGAUUUUAAUUACAGAGGAAGUGAGCCAGCACUGUGCAUGUUGUUCAGCGAGUUGAUUGUCUCCAAAUUACCACGACACUAAGGGUACUGAAGACCUUACAGAGAAUUCAAAAACUAUAUAGAUUUUUCUAGAGAGGCAGGUGACCAUCUAUAGAUAGCAGGGGCACAGACGAACCCUAUAGAUGGAGUUAUUUUGAACCAAAUUCUUCAGUCUUCGUCGAGAAAAAUAAUAAAUAUAGCUAUUAACACAGCAAUGUGGAGUUUAAAAUGAACAUGCAGUCACAGCAACAGACAGUUGUGGUGUGAGAGAGAUAUACAACUACCUGAAAAAUAUAAGUAGAACGUCGACGUUUCGAGCGAAGGCCCUUCGUCGAGAAGUUUUAGUAGUUGCAUGGCUAAUAAAUCAUAUAUAGGCGUACGGGGGUAGACAUAAAAUUUUCCCGAUCUUGAUGAAAUUUCCCAACAACUACAAUACUUUUUUCGCCGCCAUCUUGCGAAAGGGUCGACAGAGCAGGAAUUUUAAAACCUACCAAUUUCUUCCUAUUUCGACGAUUUUAAACGCGUCGCUUUUCCAUUUAUUUUUUAUCUUCCCUUCAUUUUUUUAUCUUGAAGUUCCCUUAAUUAAUCAUUUAGCUAAUACAAAAUCGCAAUUUGCCCGGUUUUCAAGUACAAUCUGCCCGAUUUUUUAGUAUAAACCGCCCGACCAAGAUAUAGCUGUUAGCCCGAAACGUCGAAAUUCUGCUUAUAUUUUUCAGGUAUAGUUGUAUCUCCAGCCCUCGCAUGGCAGCUGUCUUUGCACUGGUACCGACCGUUGGAGAGCAAGUUAAAAGCAAGUGACGUUUUUAUCAACACGGACGUCUGUUUGUGUCAGUUUGGACAAAACAUAAGAUUUUUAUGUUUUUGUUUCCUUACAUGAGCGCUAUGAAGCAAAAUGCCGCCAGUACUAGUUAUACUAAUUUUCGAGUGACAUCCGUGAUGACAAAAACGUCGUUUAUGCUUAAGCUCACUAUCAUAAGUCACAGGAACAUCAUAUAUUUUAAAAUUCUGUAUAUGUUAUCAAAUUGUAAUGAUUAUUUGUGUUCUUAAUUUUUCUUCUUCUAGAGUUGUAAAGAAAACGAAGAAUUUUCGUCCGGUGAGUAAUCUUGGCAACUAUAUUAUUAACAAGACGCUCCACAGAGCGUUAAGUCGCUGGGGCGAUGGAAAUAUGCAACUUUAAGCACAAGUAAUACCACUAAAGAAGAGCGUGCUUGUUCAGUUUUCCGAAAAUAUUGAUUCUUGAAGUUUGCCUGGUAGUUAGCGCUAAUAGUUAAAACAAGUACAACCAUGUAGCAAUGUUUGUUUUAAUAGUCAUAUAGUAUACAGUAUCUAUCGUAUGUGUUAAAAUUAUAAGCGUUUAUCCUGCUGUCAUUACACAGAUCGGCUGGUGUUAUGUUACCAACUGGUGCGUCGAAGGCUGGAAGGCAAGAAUAUUCUUCCCUUCGAAACUAAACGCAUUAUAACGUCUGUGUAAUAUAAUAAUGCCGCGUGAGAGGAGAUUACCAAGCGACUGUAUUAUGUAUAGCAAUAACGCUUUAGUCAUAUCUACAGUGCGCACUGUGCAGUAUAAAGGCGGCGAUCUGCAUGGAAUAAUAAUAUAUGUUAUUGUGCCAAGAAAGAUUCCAUGUUACUUCCACACAAUAUCAGGAAAUUGAGUUCCUCCUUUUCAGCUUUUGGUAAUACGUUUUGUCCCAAUGAUCAGGUUACAAUGAACCUUAAUUAGUGUCACACCGGGAAUUCGCGGGCUCAAACUCCUGCUGGCGGCCAUUUUUCGGGACGAAUAGAUUGAUGAUCUGGGAAGUUCUUUACAAUCCGUCAUAUAUUUAAACCAUCCUUUUAUAAUACUUGCUCUUUUUGUGUUAUUAUUAUCAGAAAUGUACCAAACAAGGUAUUUUUAUCGCUAUUUGUUGUAUUUAAGUAAAAUGUAAACAAUAACAAAAGCCCGCAAUGCAUGACCCUGACACUAAUCCUUUAAUAGGAAUAGGAUUGUAGACUGAAAAGAAGCAAGCGAUGUCUGACUUUAAGUUUAAUUCUUGAUGUAGAUCCAAAACACCAAAAUAUUAUUAAUGACUGGAAAGUUUGGCAAUUGCGCGCCGGAGAAUUCGAAAAUUCAAUAGUAAACAUAGAGAAAGCAUCAAAAUUUGCGCGCCCGAUAUUUCCGCCGCGCGAUACAAACUUUAAGUAUAUAAAACUAUGUACAAAUUAUCUACUUCCCUCCUGGAUAACACAACAGUGUAACGUCGUGAUAACUUUUAGUGAAUUCUUAAUAUAUUCCUUUUAAAAACCCCAAAAGAAAAGACACGAGUGGACCAAAUAGUCAAUAGCGAACUUUUGCACGCUAUUCCAUGGUCGCCAUUUUGAUUUUUAUUUCGUAAGAAUUACGUAAUUAAAAUGACGUAAUUUGUUAUUUUGUACCAAAGGGCAAACCUAAAGUCGGUGGGCACCACAGAUGGCCCCACCGACUAACAAUGCAAAUUAUGGCCAUACGUUUUAUACUAUACCGGAUACAGAUAUACUCUACAGCAGCGGGAAAAGCACCUACGGAAUGUGCAACUUUCAGAAGCAACUUGCAAAACAACAUCUCUCCAUUGCAAUAAUUGCUCUGACAAUAGCGUUCCUAUAAAAGGUAGGGAUAUUUGCGUUUUUCACGUCGCCACGGCCCAUGGAAAGCCAUCUGCAUGGUAGAGUAUAAACGUAGCUUAAAUUGCAAAAAUAAGAUUGAUUAUGUAAAUAUCUUACUGAAACUUGGUUAUACUAAACGAAAAUUAGGGGAAAAAAUGAUAUUUUAUAAUUUUAAUUUUAGAAACCAAAAAAUGCAAAGAGAUCUUCCACUCAUGCAAAGAUAUAUUUACAAAAUAUGAGUAAGUUGACUAACCCAUUGAGCUUCAGCGCUCUCACCUUGACGAGUAAACUGAACUGUCUGACGUUGGACAGAGUAAAAUAAUCUGGCGUUAGACAGCGUAAAAUAAUUAAGUAGGGUUCAUUAGGACAACUUAAUGAGUUACAUGUCAAAAAAUACAGAUAUACAAUAUAGAUAUUUCAUAUCAAUAUAGCUCAUUACAGCCUAAAUACCAAUAACAAAGACGUCAACAAAAUAUAAGGACAAUUGCUUUAAAAUGUACGCUGGGGUAGAGGGAAGAUGGCUCAUAUUCCAAAAAUUACUAAAAAUACUGAAUACUGUUCCAAACUUCUUAUUAAUUGCUUAUAAUAUUUAGAAAUUCCACCAACGGAAUUUAUAAUUUAAAGUCAAUCAGAACCGGCGAAUACUACGAUGUGUACUGUGACAUGACCGACAUUGAAACAUGCGGAGGGGGAGGCUGGACACAAGUCAUGAAAUUGGACGGGAAUAAGGUAUGGAAGAGUAAUAUUACACGCAGGCAGGGAUUGGUAUUUGGUGGGAAAAUAUAAUAAAUAUAAGCCAUUUUAUAGUAUAGGUUAUAGGACGGUUUCGAGUGUAAUUUGGAUAAAACAAGCAGGAGUGAGUUUUUCAAAGAGCAUCAAAAUAGAGCAUCGUGUGCGAGUGCUUAUUUUAUCCAAAUUUCACGAGAAACCAUCCUAUUAUUAAUAUUAUUAUACACUCACGCGCACUUAACCAAUCAGUGAUCGUUGAGAGGGUCACGUGCCGAUCCAAUAUUUUACGAUAUUGGACAGGAACCUAUUGGACAGUUGCGAAUUGUGGCUUUUUUCAUGGUUUUUCAGCCCUUUUCAGAUGUUUUGUCAAUUUCAAACAUACGACAAACGAUACGGCAGAAUAAUGAAAAGAAUUUGGGACAUUAAUACAGUUUUUUCUACUAGUUUUGUUUAAAAUUAUAAAAGCGCGAGAAGACUUUUCUUCGCGAAAUUUAAUUGUUUGCAACAGCCUAGAAGUUAGUAAUAUUAUUUUUUUCGUUAAAAUUAGGUCAAAUUUCCUUUAAACAUACGUGGAAAUGAGUUUAUUUAUGCACACAUAUCUGUAAAAACAGUUUAUUAACUUUUUUUUUAGUUAUUUAAGCAAAUUCGCCGCCGAUGUAUGUAGUAUUAAUGUUGUCGCUGUAUUAGUCUCGCUGUAUUUACUUUAUCGCUUAUUGACAAUUUUAGUUAUAGAAUUGUUUUGUUCGAUAUAAUAAAACUCCUAUUGGAUUCAUCUUCGCCCAAUAUGGCAAAAUAUUAAGUCUCGACUUCAAUAUUAGGCUCGACCUUCGGUCUCGCCCAAUAUUGAAGUCUCGACUUAAUAUUUUGCCAUAUUGGGCUCAGAAGAAUCCAAUAAGAUAUAAUAUACCUACCAUAAUAUACCUCGCCUUGUUAUACAAUAUAUUACACAAAGAUAGCGGCUUCAAAAUUUCACUCAACUAUCUAAGUUUUGUUAGUCUUGUUUAAAGUAAAGUCUUUUCCAUUUAAAAAAAAAAAGAUAAAAAAAAAAUUUUCCACCCGAACUCAAUGCUUGUUUUGUUUUGAAGCAGUUGCUUGAUGACUGCUUUAAGCUGACUGGUCGAUUUUAGAUCCCAUUCUUUUGCCAUCAACCAGAUCUGUUUGUUACAGAUUUUUGCACUGUUGUUACAGAAUUUUGCAUUGCUGUUUGAGAUUAACUGCACUAAAUUCGAGUAACAUUUUUAUGUAUAUUAUCAACACAGAAAAUACAAAUAUGUAGUAUAAGUAUGAACAAGUGUAUUUUGCUGGCCGAAUUUUCAUGUUAACGAGUAAUGAAUGCAAUAUAGUAAUAAAUUGCACCCUGCUGGCUGCAUAUCUCUUUUAAAUAAUAUGUUAAUAUGUUGAAAAAUCCGAAACUGGAUUAUUCUAAAUAAGUACUUUGUUUUUGCCGCAGAAUACAUUUACUUAUGACUCUGCCCUUUGGAAAAACGAGGAGACAUACGCCAUACAAGAUGGACUGGAAGGAAUAUCAGAAAAGGAAAGCAAGUUGGCUUCAUAUUGGAACACUCCGUUUACAAAAAUUUGCCUGGGUAUGUCACACAAUGGAAAGAGAAAAUGGAUGACAUUGAACUACGCCGCAAGUUCGCUGUACAGCGUGAUAGCAGACGGAAAAUUCAGGGCCACGACCGCUAGCAAGGCUACAUGGAAAUCCCUCAUCGCAGGCUCAUCGCUUCAAUACAACUGCAAAAGAGAGGGGUUUAAUGUAAAGUUCAAUGGCAAUUCCGCCAUGCGAAUUGGAAUCGUUGCUAAUAAUCAGGGCGACUGCAAUUCAUGCAAUUCUUGGCUUGGCUUUAGCACCGCAAGUGUCAAUAACGAUGGUGGUACAUGGACCAAUAAAAUGGUUUGCGGUAACAAAGCGGAUUGCUGUAAUCCCGAUAAUGGAAGUAAAACACUUAUCACAUUUGGAUAUAUUCUUAUUCAAUAA